CGUCAUCCCCACAGGGCGGUUACGUGAUACGUCACUGCGCCUACGUGGCGUUGGGAGUUUCUGUGAGACCGGAGGCAGAGAGCCUGCAGUUAACAGUUUCGCAGGAGGCCUUCAAUUGGGUUAAGUCAUGGACACACGUCGGCUUCUUUUGUGCCUUUGCUUAUGGGUAGCCUGCGUGGUAAGCAAACCUACAGAGAAGAAGGAUCGUGUUCAUCAUGACCCUCAGCUUAGUGAAAAAGUUCACGAUGAUGCACAGAAUUUUGAUUAUGACCAUGAUGCCUUUCUGGGUGCUGAGGAAGCCAAAACUUUUGAUCAGCUAACACCCGAAGAGAGCAAGGAGAGACUGGGAAUGAUUGUAAGUAAGAUAGACUUGGAUAAUGAUGGGUAUGUGACGGAGGGGGAGCUGACUGCAUGGAUCAAGAAAGCCCAAAAGAAGUAUGUGUACGACAACGUUGAGCGGCAGUGGCAGGAGUUUGACCUAAACCAGGAUGGACUCGUAUCGUGGGAUGAGUACAGAAAUGUCACCUAUGGCACUUACCUGGAUGAUCCAGAUCCAGACAAUAGCUUUAAUUACAAACAAAUGAUGGUAAGAGAUGAGAGGCGAUUUAAAAUGGCUGACCAAGAUGGUGAUCUCAUUGCAACAAAAGAAGAGUUCACAGCAUUUCUUCACCCAGAGGAAUUUGAUUAUAUGAAGGACAUUGUGGUUUUGGAAACCAUGGAAGACAUUGAUAAAAAUGGCGAUGGCCUCAUAGACCUAGAAGAGUAUAUAGGUGAUAUGUACAACCAUGAUGGAGAUGCUAACGAACCCGAGUGGGUGAAGACUGAGCGAGAACAGUUUGUGGAGUUCAGAGACAAGAACCAUGAUGGAAAAAUGGACAAAGAAGAGACAAAAGACUGGAUUCUUCCCUCUGAUUAUGACCAUGCUGAAGCUGAAUCCCGCCAUCUUGUUUAUGAGUCCGAUCAAAACAAGGAUAGCAAACUGACACGAGAAGAAAUAGUUGAUAAAUAUGACUUAUUUGUGGGCAGUCAAGCUACAGACUUCGGGGAAGCACUGGUCAGACAUGAUGAAUUUUGAGUGUACUCAAAUCAUCCCACCAUCAAGAGACCUACUAGACCCUUCAUACGCACACAGAGAAUGGAGGGAAGAAUUACUUAACUGAAAACAAAAGUUAUUUAUUGUAAACCAACAUCCUGAUCAAGAAGACAAGAGUUGGAGUGCGUUUCCAGAUCUUUCGCUGAUUGCUGCAAUUCUUGCAGUGUGGUGCCAUGCCAAUGCAGUUUUUUGAGUCUUGACCAGCUGAUUAUUAUUGCCCAUUUGUGUUCUUACUAUGUUAACACUUUUGGCUCUGAAAUGUAUUAAGUGUUUAGUCCUUGUAUAAGCUGCUACAGAGAGCUUGUUCCCAUUUCCUCAUACAUAUAUGACCAUAUGCAGAAAGUUGGCACCUAUUGACUGAUAUUCUGAAAAUCUGUCUUCCAGUAAUUUUAUGAUAUUGGUGCCAUGUAAGUAGUUUUUCACAUUUUAAGGAAGAAAACAUUUUAUAGUCUCUUGCAAAUUUUAGUAGGAAAGGGUGUUUACUUAUUUGCACCAAAGAAUGGUAGGAGCAAAUAUUUCUGAUUUUGUCCAUGUUUAUGCCCUUUAUUUUUAGGGGGGGGGGUCACUAUCAUUAAGCUGCUUAACAACUCCCCCCCCCAAACCAGUAACACUAGGAAGUAGACAUGCCCUAAAAGCAUUUAUACCAACUCAGAACAAUUUCCAGAAAGCAGAAUAUUUGUGUAUCUGUAAAGUAUGUUCCCCUUUUGUCUCUUUAGUGCAAAUGAGUGAAUUCCCUUAUGAGUAAUGCAUUGGCAUUUUAGGCUAUGGGGUUUGGGAAUUUGAACUAUAACAAUGACUGCCAAUUUGGCAAAGAUAAUGGUUUUUACUUGUCUUCAAAUUAGAGUGAAAAAGAAGCUUUCAGAGAAGUCUUUUUGCUGCCUAUUUCUACUUUUGUGUGUGUUAAGUAGUAUAUAUACUGUCAUAUUCUUUAGAUUGCCCUUUACAAAUUAAGUUAGUAUCCCAUAAACUCAGUAUUUUUUUUGAUAUGAUGUAUGUCUGCUCAUUGUCAAAGAGUUACACUUUUAGUAGUUCUGGAAGUGAUUUUUUUUUAACACAAAAAUUUGAGUUCUUUUCAAAUAACAGUUGUCUUCCUAUAUCUGAUUCUGUUGAUGGGAAUAUGUAUUGCUUGGACAGUGAACUCAUUUUUUUUUUUAAUUCAUUUUUAUUUUCUGUUUAUUGUAUGUUCAAGAUCUGUUUUCAACAGUUCUUUGGUAAAACAGUUAAAAAUCCAUUGCUCCUCACUUUUGUUUAUAUGCUUGAUGUCAGUAAGUAUUUAUACAUUACAGACAAUUAUUUCUAA